AUGCUCGAUGCCUUCACACCCGCAUGGUCCUGGACAAAUAUGGCCCCCUCAAGACAUUUGACACUUAUUGUGAUCUCAACCGGAGAAUACCAUGCCCCGGAGCUAAUUGCAGGGGACCGCUUUACAACAAGCAAGCUUGCUUGGUGUCUGCACGCCGAAUACAAGCCAUCAUCCGCAAAACAUCUGUAUGAUGACGACGGUGAUUACGAGGAUAAUGACGACGAUAUGAUCUUGGCCCUCUCCCGCGCCCGCAUUCUAUCUGUACCGGAUCAUAUACAAACUUUCUUCCUUGCUACCUACAGCACGCGCACAAAGUAUCGACUUCGAAGCAGACAUGCUCUCCCGCCCUACCUAAAACAAAGUAUAAUGGAUAUCCAGUCCGUCAUCAUGACCAAAGAAGGAAUUCAAUUGAGGAAAAUUCUAGAGCAACGAGGAUAG